AUGGAAAUUUAUGCUGGAGCGCAGCCAGAUGGUCCUUUUUGCAUAAGCUACAAACCACAAGAUGUUGUAAAAAGGUUGACAGAACCUAUUCAUAACACUGGAAGAAAUGUAACCACAGACAACUGGUUUUCAAGUUUUGAGUUAGUACGAGAUCUAGAUGAAAAGAAACUGACGUUUGUAGGUACUUUGAAAAAAAAUAAACCUCAAAUUCUUGAUCAGUUCAAGCUGACGAAAACUCAGGAACCCAAUACGAGUCUUUUCAGAUUUAGAAAAAAUAUGACACUUCUCUCCUAUGUACCAAAACGUUAUAGAAAUGUUAUAUUGAUUUCAAGUCUUCAUGAUGACGUAGCAAUAGAUAAAGAUACCAAGGAGCAAAAAAAGCCUGAGAUUAUCACAUUUUACAAUCGUACCAAAGGAGGUGUGGAUACAGUGGACAAACUCUGUGCUUCGUACAAUGUUGCCAGGAACACCAGGCGUUGGCCUCUUGUAGUUUUCUUCUCUAUGCUGAAUAUAGCAGCAAUCAACAGCUACAUAAUUCAUUCAACGAAUAAUAGUGAAAAAUUACUUAGAAGGCAAUAUCUGCGAAAGCUAGCAAAUGCUCUUAUGAAGGAAAACUUUGAAAGAAGAAGCCCUACCCCUCUUCAAAGUGAGCUGAAAUUAAAAUAG